GUUUAGUGUGCAGAGGGUGCGGACGCAGAGCAGCAGACCUGAUCAUCAGUCUCUCUGGGCUUCCUGUCCUCCUGCUGAAGGUCCUUUGAGCCGGACGCUGAACCUGUUCCAGGAAGAAACCUGAGAGCCAUUCCAGCAUGGAGGGGAAGCUGGGUCUUCUCUGCAGCCUCGUCAUGGCGGCGUGUUUCUACGGCGUCGCUGCUCAGAGGACAGUCUGCACUCAAGAGGCGGUAGCCGACAUCGUCUUCAUGGUCGACGGGUCGUGGAGCAUCGGCACCAACAACUUCGAGCAGAUCCGUCAGUUUCUGUACACGCUGGUCAACAGCUUCGACGUCGGGCCCGAGCACGUCCGCAUCGGGCUGAUCCAGUACAGCACCACUCCACGCACCGAGUUCCUGCUCAACACCUACCAGAACAAGAAGGACAUCCUCGAGUACAUCACCGCCUUGCCCUACAUGGGGGGCGGCACCCAGACGGGGCAGGGCUUGGACUUCAUGCUGAACGAGCACUUUGUGGAGGCGGCCGGUAGCCGAGGCCAGAAUGUGCCGCAGAUCGCCGUGGUGAUCACCGACGGCAAAUCACAAGACAACGUGGAGUCCCACGCCCAGGACCUGAAGAGAAAGGGGAUUGUUUUGUACGCGAUUGGUAUCAAAGAUGCAGACGAGGAGCAGCUGAAGGAGAUAGCCAACGAGCCGCACAGUCAGCACGUCUACAGCGUGUCUGAUUUCUCAGCGCUGCAGGGAAUUUCUCAGAGCAUCGUGCAGACGCUUUGCACAACUGUAGAGGAAGUCAAACGUCAACUCCUGCAACUGUCUCAAGAGUGUGCCAAAGCCACCAGGGCCGACAUCGUCUUCCUGAUCGACAGCUCCUCCAGCAUCGGCAUCAGUAACUUUCAGGAGAUCCGUCAGUUCCUCCGAACCGUCGUCGCAGGCCUCGACAUCGGCCCCGACAAGGUUCGGAUCGGCUUGGCUCAGUACAGUGACGAACCUUACCAGGAGUUCCUGCUGAACGAACACAUGGAUAAGAACUCCCUGCUGGCUGCUGUGGACACAUUCCCCUACCGAACAGGAGGCACCGAAACAGGCGAGGCCAUCGAGUUCAUCCGGACGCAGUACUUCAAAGAGGACGCCGGAAGCCGAGCCAACGAACGGGUGCCUCAAGUCGCAGUGGUCAUCACAGAUGGAGACUCCACGGACGAUGUGGUACAGCCCGCUCAGCGCCUGAGGCAGCACGGCGUCAUCGUGUUUGGAAUUGGAGUGGGAGGAGCCAACCUGAAGGAGCUCCAGUCCAUCGCCAACCGGCCUCCAGAUCGCUUCCUGUUCCCCAUCGAUAGCUACCAGGCCCUGCAGAGGCUGACGGACAAUCUGCUGCAAACCGUUUGUGUGUCCGUGGAGGAUCAGAGGCAAGCCUUGGCAGAAAGGUUUGCAGACAUCUUCUUCCUGGUGGACAGCGGCGUGUCCACACAAGAGUUCAGCCAGAUCAAGACCGUCCUCAUCAGACUCGCCAAUCAACUUAACGUCGGAGCGUCCGCCUACCGUCUGGGCUGGGCUCAGUACGGUCAAGACGUCAGAGAGGAAUCUCUUCUAAAUGCUCACCAAACCAGAGAGGAGACCGUGAACGCCAUUAAACGUUUCCGCCACAGGAAACUGCAAACUAACGAGGCUCGGAAUCUGGGCGGCGCACUGCGGUACGCCACCACUCACUUUUUUACCAGUGAGGCAGGAAGCCGGGCGGACCAGGGCUACCGACAGUACCUGGUUGUUGUAAGUGGCAAAGACUCAGAUGAUGACGUGCACAAGGAGUCCCGUCAGAUCAAGUCGUCAGGGGUGACCGUGGUGGGGAUAACUCUCGGUGCGUCCAUGCAGGAGAUGCGUCUCAUAGCCACGGGGUCGUACAUUUACCAGACCACCACCAAUGUUGUACCGUCACUGAAGGCUAUCUUUGAAAAACAGGAGGUAGAGGCCACUCUUUCUGGAGAUUGCAAAGCAGCCAAACUGGCCGACAUCGUGUUCAUCGUUGACGAGUCAGGAAGCAUCGGAACCCCCAACUUCCAGCUGGUGCGCGCUUUCCUGCACUCAGUUGUGAGCGGCCUGGAAGUCAGUCAAAGUAGAGUCCGAAUCGGUAUCGUGAUGUAUAAUACCAGAGCCAAAGCACAGGUCUACCUCGACACCUUCAAUGACAAGGACGAGCUGUUAAAGUUCAUAAAAAUCCUGCCUUAUCACGGAGGCGGCACAAACACCGGAGCGGCGCUAACGUACGCCCUGGAGAGAGUUUUUAUCUCGCAGAGAGGAAGCAGGAAAGCGAAGGGCGUCCAGCAGGUAGCUGUGGUGAUCACAGACGGUGAAUCCCAGGACAACGUGAGCACACCAGCAGCUAAUCUUCGUCGAGCCGGCAUCACUGUUUACGCAGUUGGAGUCAAAAACGCAAACGAGGCCGAGCUGGUAGAGAUGGCGUCUUAUCCUCCCCAUAAGCACAAGUUCAUUGUGGACAGUUUUACCAAGCUGAAAUCGCUGGAGUCGAGCCUGCAGAAAAUCCUGUGUCAGAACAUCCUUCGACAAGCAGUCUCAGUCAGCACAAGAAGAACCGGCAUCAAAGAAGGCUGCUUACAAAAAGAUGAAGCAGAUAUCUUCUUCCUGAUUGAUCAUUCGGGAAGCAUAUACCCCUCCGACUUCAAAGACAUGAAGAAGUUCAUUACUGAGUUUCUGCACACCUUCCGUAUUGGGCCACAACAUGUCCGCAUGGGGGUCGCGAAAUACGCAGAUUCUCCAAACUUAGAAUUUGAUCUGACAACCUACUCAGAUGCCAAGACGCUGGAGAAAGCCAUAGAGGGUAUUAGACAAAUCGGAGGUGGGACGGAGACAGGAAGGGCCCUGGAUUUCAUGGGUCCACAUUUUGAUCGAGCAAUGGCCACUCGUGGUCACAAAGUCCCGGAGUACCUGGUGGUCAUCACUGACGGAAAAUCCACCGACGAGGUCAAGGCUCCAGCAGAAAAACUGAGGUCGCAGGGUGUCAUCAUCUAUUCCAUCGGGGUGAAAAGUGCAGAUGUAUCUGAGCUGCGAGAGAUUUCGGGCGACCCCAAGAGGACUUUCUUCGUCAAUAACUUUGAUGCCUUGAGGCCCAUUAAAGAUGACAUCAUCACGGACAUCUGUUCUCAAGACGCUUGCAAAGACAUACCAGGGGACCUCCUCUUCUUGAUUGACUGCUCUGGGAGCAUCUAUCCACAAGACUACGACAAAAUGAAGGACUUCAUGAAAUCUGUGAUCGGCAGGUCCGUCAUCGGGCAGAACGAAAUGCACGUAGGUGUCAUGCAGUUCAGCCAAGUCCAACAGCUCGCGUUCCCUCUUAACCGCUACUACACCAAAGAAGACAUGUCGAGAGCCAUCGACGGUAUGCAGCAGAUCGGCGGAGGCACGCUCACGGGUAAAGCCCUCACAGAAGUGUCGGAGUACUUUGAUGCAAGCAGAGGAGGGCGUCCUGGUUUGAGGCAGAGGCUGGUAGUGAUCACAGACGGCGAGGCCCAAGACCAAGUCAAAGCCCCCGCCGAGGCUCUGAGGGCCAAGGGAGUGGUGGUGUACGCCAUCGGAGUGGUGGACGCCAACACCACCCAGCUGCUGGAGAUCAGCGGUUCACCCAACAGGAUGUAUGCUGAGAGGGACUUUGAUGCUCUGAAGGACUUGGAGAGCCAAGUGGCCCUGGAGCUCUGUGAUCCAGAGAGAGAGUGCAAGAAGACAGAGAAAGCUGACAUUAUUUUCCUGGUGGAUGGCUCCACGAGCAUAACACUGCCCAAGUUCAGGAACAUGCAGAAGUUCAUGUCAGCAAUGGUGAACCAAACCACAGUUGGAAAGGACCUGACCCGCUUUGGGGUCAUUCUCUACUCCAACGACGCCAACUCUAUCUUUACUUUAAAAUCAUACACCUCCAAACGGGAGGUUCUUAAUGCAAUAUCAGCACUGAAGUCCCCGUUUGGAGACACCUACACUGGCAAAGCUCUGGCGUACUCUAUUGAGUACUUUAACGCUGAACAUGGUGGCCGGGCGGCUCUUCAGGUACCACAGAUCCUCAUGGUGAUCACAGACGGUGACGCUACCGACCGCAACAGUCUGGUUGCACCGUCCUUGGUGCUGCGAGACCAAGGCAUCAGCGUCUUCAGUAUCGGAGUUGAAGGAGCCAACAGGACGCAGCUGGAGAUCAUGGCUGGCCAAGACACCUCCAGAGUUUUCUAUGUGGAUAAUUUUGAUGCUCUGGAAACUCUGCACAAGAACAUUUCUAAUGUCCUCUGCAAUUCCACCAAACCAGUUUGUGAAAAGCAGCAGGCUGACCUGGUCUUCCUUGUCGAUCAGUCCGGCAGCAUCGGCUCAGCGGACUACGCCACCAUGAAGAAGUUCACCACAGACCUAGUGAACAGCUUCAAAGUCAGUGAAAAUUUAGUGCGUGUCGGACUUGCCCAGUUCAGCAGCGAUUUCCAAAAUGAGUUUUACCUCAACCAGUUCUACAGCGAGCAAGCCGUGAACAAGCACAUCAUGGACAUGGUGCAGAGCGGCGGAGGAACCAAAAUCGGACUGGCCCUGGACGCCAUCAGGGAGCAUUUUGAGGCGUCACGGGGCGGCCGAAGAUCUGCCGGCAUCUCUCAGAAUCUGGUGCUGAUCACAGACGGCGAGUCGCAGGAUGACGUGGAGGACCCCGCCGACCGUCUCAGGGCUCUGGGGAUCGAGGUGUUUGUCAUCGGAAUCGGAGACGUCCACGAUCUGCAGCUCCUGCAGAUCACCGGCACCCCGGAGAAGCUGUUCACCGUGCAGAACUUCGGCAGCUUGGACAAGAUCAAACAAAAGGUGGUCGACACGAUCUGCAAAUCUAAACCCAUCAGAGAUCCCAGCGACUGCAGCAUUGAUAUCGCCAUCGGAUUCGAUAUUUCUCGAAGAACCGGAGCUCCGGGUGAGAUGCUGAUCAGCGGACACACCAAACUCCAGAGCUUCCUGCCAGAGAUCGCCCAUUACCUUUCCUCCGUACAAGGCCUGUGCUGCACAGGUACCACACCUGUCCGGCCCAACAUCGCCUUCCGGGUGGUGGGUCGCGAUGGACGUCCUCUUUACGACUUCAGCUUUGAGGGCUACAGCCAGGAUGUGGUGAACAAGGUCACGACCUUGAGUUUGACAGAACCAACUUACUUCAACACCGCCAUGCUGAAAUCCUUCGGGGAGAAGUUCAAGGCAGAGUCCAACGCCGGCGUGAAGGUGCUGAUCAUCUUCUCUGACGGACUCGAUGAAGACGUGAUGACGCUGGAGUCUGAAUCAGAGCUGCUGCGACAGUCCGGGGUCAGCGCUCUGCUGACGGUGGCUCUGGAGGGGGUCCGUGACCCCGCGCAGCUGCAGAUGGUGGAGUUCGGCCGAGGAUUCGGCUACAAGCUUCCUCUCAGCAUCGGCAUGCCGAGCGUCGGCAGCACCAUCCUCAAACAGAUCGACUCGGUGUCGGAUCGCGAGUGCUGCGGCGUCAUGUGCAAAUGUUCGGGACACGAGGGCGUCCGUGGCUCUCGGGGCCCCCCGGGGUCAAAGGGCGUGUCCGGACAGAAGGGUUUCCCCGGGUUCCCCGGAGAGGAGGGCGUCGCUGGCGAGCGAGGACGUCCGGGACCGAGCGGACCUCAGGGGGUCCAGGGUUGUCCUGGACUCAGAGGACCGAAGGGUUACCGUGGCGGCCGAGGAAACAGGGGCGAAGAAGGAGACGACGGGCUGGACGGAGUUAACGGAGAACAGGGAGUGAGGGGAAAAGAUGGAGCGAAAGGACUGAGAGGAGACCCAGGAAACCCAGGUAUCCCAGGUAUCAGAGGGGAGGCGGGGCUGAGAGGACAGCGAGGACUGAGAGGAGAUCCGGGUGAACCAGGAGCUGAUAACACCACGCCGGGAGCUAAAGGAGAGCCCGGGAACGCUGGUUUGCCGGGAGCACCUGGACAGGACGGGCGGCCAGGUGAGAGCGGAGUCCUUGGAAACCCGGGUCCAGAUGGAAGAAGAGGGGCGCCCGGUGGGAAGGGUGUAACUGGAGGGCCAGGAGAUCCAGGACUCCAAGGCAGUCCAGGUGCUUCAGGUCCACAGGGCCCCAGAGGGGUCAGAGGUCAACCUGGACCCAGAGGAAUCCCUGGCCUUCCUGGACCUCAGGGUGGACCGGGACUGGCUGGAAACCCGGGAGCAGCCGGACGCCGCGGAGCAAACGGGCAGAAGGGUCAACCAGGAGAUCCAGGUGUUAAAGGUGUUCCAGGACCACAAGGAGCCAGAGGGAUGCCCGGUCAGGACGGCAGAGAUGGUUACGGACCUCCAGGAUCUAAAGGUGCAAAGGGAGAUCCUGGUUUCCCUGGUUACCCCGGUCUACCGGGUGAGGAUGGCCUGCAGGGACCCAGAGGACAUCCAGGACGUAAAGGGAACCGAGGACGCGGCGGGAACUCAGGCAGGCCGGGAGAACCAGGCAGGCCUGGAGAGCAAGGAUACUCAGGACACAGGGGUCCCAGAGGUCUUCCUGGACAUAAAGGCAUGACUGAGUGUCAGCUGAUCACCUACAUCAGAGACAACUGUGCGUGCUCCAUUGAUCGAUCCGAGUGUCCAGCUUACCCCACAGAGCUGGUGUUCGGUCUGGACAUGUCCUCGGAUGUGACCCCUGCAGCCUUCGAGAGGCAGCGCACCGCCCUCCUCUCCCUGCUGGACGACAUCGCCAUCGCCGAGAGCAACUGUCCGACGGGCGCUCGCGUCGCCGUGGUGGGUUACGGCGCCAACACCAAGCACCUGAUCCGCUUCCAGGACUAUCGCCGCAAGAGACAGCUGAUCGAAUCAGUGAAGAGCAUCGCCCUGGAGAGGACGUCCCAACAGCGCAACCUCGGCGCCGCCAUGCGCUUCGUCGGUCAGCACAUCUUCAAACGCAUCCGAGCUGGAGUAAUGAUGAGGAAGGUGGCCGUCUUCUUCUCUAACGGCCCCGCAGCGGAUGUUAACGACAUUGUUACGGCCAUGAUGGAGUACCAGGCCCUCAACAUCGUCCCGGCAGUCGUCUCUCUGAGGAACGCUCCGGCUAUCAGUCGAGCGAUGGAGGCGGACGACUCGGGACGCUCCGUCUUCACAGUGCUGGGGAGGGACACGGCUGCUGACCUGAGGAAGGUCAAGACCUGUGCGAUCUGUUACGACCCCUGCAAACGCUCGGAGCAGUGCGCCUUCAUCCAGGAGCCGGUGCCACCUCAGGACGUGGAUGUGGACCUGGUGAUGGUGAUGGACAGCUCCAGGGAGAUGCAGGCCGAUGAGUACGCCGGCGCUCAGCAGCUGCUGGGCUCCGUGGUGGAGCAGCUGGCCGUGAGCUCGCAGCCCCGCAGGGCCGGUACCCAGGCCCGGGUGGCUGUAGUCCAGCAGAGCGGCACCCGCGCUCCAAAGGUGGAGUUCGGACUGGGCACCUACCAGAACAGCAACCUGAUGAGGAGGCACCUGAUCCAGAACAUGACGCAGCAGGGCGGCUCCUCGGCGCUGGGACAGACGCUGGAGUUCACCCUGAAGGAGGUGCUCCUGAAGGCCAGCCAGCCCCGGAGGAAAAGGGCGGUGCUGACCGUGGUGGGCACCAAGACGGCCUACGAGGACCGGGCCAAGCUGAGCUACAUCUCCCAGAGGGCCAAGUGUGAGGGCGUGGCGUUGUUCGUGGUGACGGUCGGCGAUCGUUACGACCGGGCUCAGGUGGACGAGCUGGCCAGUCAGCCUGUCGUGCAGCACCUGAUCCACAUGAGCAGACUGAAGGCUGACGAGCAGGGCUACGCUCAGCGCUUCUUCAGGGUCUUCCUCACCGCCCUCAACAAGGGAAUGAACACGUAUCCUCCCCCUUCCUUAAAACGCACGUGUGACCGGCUCAAAGAACAAAAUGGAGAACAAAUAUUCACAAACAGGUAACUCAAACUGUGGAAUUACACGCAACCACGAAGACAAACACAUUCAGACCGACAGCCGGGAAAAGUCUUUCUGGGCCAGUUAAAUGUCUGUGUUCUGCUUUCAGCUCAGUGUCAGCUGGAUGCUGAUACUGGUGUCCAGUGUGCGGACUUUGUCCAACAGUGGUUCUUUGACACAAACAUCGGUGCAUGCUCUCCCUUCUGGUAUGGCGGUUGCGGCGGCAACGCCAACCGCUUUAACACGGAAAACGAAUGUUUCCGGACAUGUGGCGCUCAUAAUCCAGACAUCCUGCCCACACCGGAGCUGGUCAACUUCGCCUCUAAAGACAGCUGUUUCCUCGGCCAGGAUCAGGGCGGCUGCUCCAACUACACCAUGAUGUGGUUCUUUGACACCGAACAACGAGAAUGUUCUCGCUUCUGGUACGGCGGCUGCGGCGGAAACGCAAACCGCUUCAAGACUCAAGAGGAGUGUGAGAACCUCUGUCUGACAAAAAGUCGGUGAGGAGGACGUCUCGGAUCGGUUGGACAGAAAAAAAUCGCCGCUGUGCAGCAACCGUGUGACAGCAGAACCUUUAGAAAACAUGCAUCUUCAAGGAAAAACACCAGAGACUCGCUAUGAAGGAUUUCAGAGCCUUUUCCCACAGCUGAGGUUGUUUGGGACAAUUUAACUGCUAACUAGUUUCUGCUAAAACACUUCAGGGAAUGUUUCAGCUGCUCCAAAACUCUGCAGCUGGCGAUUAAAAGGAUUUUGGGUUAUUUUUCACAAUAAAAGGUGUUUUUUUUUCCUUCAACAUGCAUGUUUUGUUUACCUAGUUGUUUUUUUUUAAACCUUCAACAUUUUGCAAUAGAAAACUGAACUGCAGGACACUGUUACCACAUUUUACAGGUUACUUUAGUUUUUCGUCACGUCAGGUGCUAGUUCUACGAAGCGGGUUGAUGUUUGUUCUGACUCAAAAUGAAUGUUUGAAGGAAUCACAUCAGAAAUGACAAACAUUAAAGUGAAACUCUGCA